UAGUGUUGCCAUGUGGAUGGCAAAAUUUUGUGGCUACAGAACUAAUGUUUAAGUUUAUAGUAGCACUUGGGAUGAACUAAAUUUUUUUGAGCUGUACCUUCUGUCAAGUGGGAAAUUGCUGGGCACUGGGCUGGCCUCUGUGGUAACCUUAAGGUUUUAGGUCCCUAAGGCAUUUCAUCCAAAGGAAAUUUUUAUUUUUACUUUUUUUUUAAGCAGAAGACAGUUUUAGGAUCACGAGAGCAGUAGCUGGAAAGAAGAACUGAAGGGAGGUCACCAUGGGAGCAUUUUUAGACAAGCCAAAGAUGGAGAAGCAUAAUGCCCAGGGGCAGGGGAAUGGGCUGCGUUACGGGCUAAGCAGUAUGCAAGGCUGGCGUGUGGAAAUGGAGGAUGCACACACGGCUGUGAUUGGUUUGCCAAAUGGACUUGAUGGAUGGUCCUUUUUUGCUGUCUAUGAUGGGCACGCUGGAUCACAGGUUGCCAAGUACUGCUGUGAGCAUUUAUUAGAUCACAUCACGAGCAACCAGGAUUUUAAAGGGCCAGAUGGGCCACCAUCUGUGGAAAGUGUAAAGUGCGGCAUCAGAACAGGUUUUCUGCAGAUUGACGAACACAUGAGAGUCAUCUCUGAGAAGAAGCAUGGCGCAGACAGAAGUGGGUCAACAGCUGUGGGUGUCAUGAUUUCUCCCCAACACACAUACUUCAUCAACUGUGGAGACUCGAGAGGUUUGCUCUGUCGAAACAGGAAGGUUCACUUCUUCACACAGGAUCACAAACCAAGUAACCCUCUGGAGAAGGAGCGUAUACAGAAUGCAGGUGGCUCUGUAAUGAUUCAGCGUGUGAAUGGCUCCCUUGCUGUUUCAAGGGCACUUGGGGACUUUGAUUACAAAUGUGUCCAUGGGAAAGGUCCUACAGAACAGCUGGUCUCACCUGAGCCUGAAGUUUAUGAAAUUGAGAGAUCAGAAGAAGAUGAUCAGUUCAUCAUCCUGGCUUGCGACGGUAUCUGGGAUGUUAUGGGAAAUGAAGAGCUGUGUGACUUUGUAAGAUCCAGACUUGAAGUCACUGAUGACCUUGAGAAAGUUUGCAAUGAGAUAGUUGACACCUGCUUGUACAAGGGAAGUCGAGACAACAUGAGUGUGAUAUUGAUCUGUUUUCCGAAUGCACCAAAGGUAUCACCAGAGGCGGUGAAAAGAGAGGCAGAAUUGGACAAGUACCUGGAAAGCAGAGUAGAAGAGAUCAUAAAGAAGCAGGGUGAAGGAGUGCCAGACUUAGUCCACGUGAUGCGUACGUUAGCAACUGAGAGCAUCCCAAACCUCCCGCCGGGGGGGGAGCUGGCAAGCAAACGGAGUGUGAUUGAAGCUGUGUAUAACAGACUGAAUCCCUACAGGAACGAUGAUGCUGAUUCUGCCUCAACUGAUGAUAUGUGGUAAAACUGCUCAUCUAGCUGUGGAGUUCACGUUUCAUCCUGCAAAUGAAAAUGCAGCCCAACCUCAGUGACCCUUCUUAACAUCCAUCCUCAACCUUAAUUAAAGAAGGGAAUAUGAUGUGUUGGUGAGAGUGACUACAGCAGUACGACAUCUAGCCCAGGAACUGAUCUUUUUUGUAAAACAGACUUCUGUAAACGUGAUUUCAAACCAUAAAUUCAUGUUGUAAAUCAGACUCCAGCAAUUUAUGUUGUAUGAUUUUGUUUUUGUAAAGUGCAAUUGUCUUUGUACAAAAUGCUCAUAUUUAAUUAUGAACCGCUUUAAAUCACUAUAAAGGUUAGAAGAAAUGUUUUGGCUUGUGUGAUGCAACAAUAUAUAUCCCUUUUAAAAAUCAUGUUGUGGUUUUGGAUUGCAAGGAGCAGCAGCCUAGCCAGCUAGGUGCUCAAGAGGUGCACAAAACUGUUAAAGAUAACUUUUUGGUUUAUAUGAAAGCUGAACUCAUGGGCAACCUACCUGAAAUUACAGUGUGUGAAUUCCGCUUGGCAAUGGAAAAUUAGCUUAGGAGUAGUGCACAUUCUUCAACAAACAUAUAUAAUUUUCUUGGAUGCACUCCUGCUCUCAUGUUGAGUCGAAGGGAUUUGUGAUUUUGAGUUCAGUGGGAGUUAAAUCGUGCCCUGUUAACAGUAUCCUGUUCAUACAUGUACCAAUCUUGGGAUUAGAAUGCCUUGGUUCUUUGCACCUCUUUCUUCAUUAACCCUUACCUGAAACUACUAAUCACUGAGCACGAAGACAACUUUCUACAUAAAGUAAGAGUCUGCAGCAUUUUUACAAUCCUGAUUGGCUGGGUCUGCUGCUGUUCCAAGAAAAGUACUCUGAAUUCCAUUUUAUCAAUAAAGCUUGAUUUAACAAACAAGACAUUUACCCAUAAAUGUGUAAUUCCUUCUUUUCCUGCCUUUUAAAAUGUCAGUGCCAUUGUAAAUGAUAUUUUACUUGUGGAAGAAUAUUUUUCUUAAUUGGUAGCCCAUUUUUAAAAUGGGAAGGAUUUUGAUUAUUGCCCAAGACAUAGCCAUAUGCUAGAGGAUGAUGUGGGAUUAAUCUGUUACCCUAUUUUUUACAAAUGUGGGGUUUUUCAGGCUUUUUGGUGUCGGGUUUGUUUUUCGUUUUUUGCCCCUCCCUACUGAAGAUGUGCAUUGGUUUGAAUUUGCCUACUGUUUGAUAAAAAUACAUUUGUUAAAGCCUGACAAUCUUUAACAUUUUAUGGUGUGUGUUUUUAAUUGACCCUCUUACUUAGAAUGAGAGACUAGUGGUUAAACAGUACUUGUGAUUUGAGGUAUAGCAUGUUGACAAUAUUUAACUGUUUGUUGUUUAAAAUUCUAAUUUAAAAUUUUAUAAGAUAAUAAACUAAUUUGAUUUAAGCUUAGCUUUCUCCCAUUGAGCAUACGAAAAUUAAGUUUUCAAGUCAGUCGUGUUUGCAAAACUGCUGUUUUGUGCACCUUGUAUUGUCUUUUUGGUUGAGAAUAUUGUAUUUAAUAUGUAGUUUACUCAUUUAGUAGGCAGAUUCCUCAAAAGGAAAAUCAGUAAAACAAGUAGAUUGUAACAUUUACUGCAGUUAAACAGACUCAGAACUUGGUGUAUAAUUACUUUUUGAUAGGAAAAUGUAGUACAAUGCAUUUUGCUAUAUUUGUCUUUCCCUAACUUUGACAUAUACAUAUUUGUAUAUAUAGCCUUAAAACUAAUGCAGAGUUAGGGAACACUGAACAGUGAAAAAGUAACUUAUAGUGUCUUGGAACUAAGUAUAGUAUAUACCAGCAAACUUUUCUUUUAUCCCUCUUGUCUAUGUGGGGUGCUUAAACGUAACUUCAUUGUAUUCAGUUUGUAAUCUGUUCAAGCAUGAUUGAAGAAAACAUAAGCACUAUUUGUAUUUAUAAAUUUAUAGCAAUUUUUGCUUAAAGAACCAGUUCCUUACCUACCUAUGAAUAAAUGCUUAAAAUGUCUAAUUUUGUUGUAGAGUGCAAAACUAUAAUGAUGUUAAGUUAUAGCUUCACAGGCACCUAAUUAACGAGCAUAUUUAAUAAUACAUGGCGUAUUAGUGUGAAAAGCUAAACUUAAUUUAGGACUAGGCAGAUAAAGUUCUGUCCUUUUUUUCAUAGAGACUAAAGUUUAGUUUUGGAAACUGCAAAACCUUGAACUGGACUGUGGAACCUUUGAGUUUUAAACUUUAAAAAUCAGAAGCAAAACUGUGGUGUGAAAAGCCAUACUUCAAACCAUAAUCACUUAAACUGUCUCAGUGACAAAGGAGAUUUCUGAAGCCUCUUCUGACGAGGUCUCCUGAAGGUUAGAAAGAAAAUAAUUCUGCUGUUGCUACAGGCGAUGUGAGUAGGUUUGAGGGUAGUGGCAGAAAGCCCGUUUCAGGCCUUUCUCUCUCCCGCCUACAUUCAGCUUUUUGAUGAGCUCAGAGCACUGAAUUAUGAUGUAUGCAUAAACACUGCCAUUUUAGAUACAGACUUUGAUUACAGAAUAAACGAGUUAAGUAUAUAAAGCAUCCUAGAAAAGAGGCAAGAUGUACUUUUUUCACUGCUCUGAAAAGAAAAAGGCACUUUUGCACCUUUGUGCAUCUCCUUCUUGCACCAGAAACUUUUUUUUUAAAUGCUAAAAACAUUAGCACCUCAGGGGCAAGGCAGCAAUUUUUAUUUUGAAAUAUUGUGUGCUAUUUAUUUCCCUCUUGGAAAAAGAUUCCUGUGUGACAAAAAUGAAAAUUGUGUGAUGUUAACAGAUGUAUUUUUAAAUACAUGUUCAAAUAGGAUGGUCCCGAUUUGCUUGUUUUUAAAAGGAAAUGACAUUUGUAAAGCUACUUUGCUUCGUAUGCCAUGCAACUUUGUUUUCCUUCUACAUUUGACAGCUUCACUGGCUACAGUUUCUGUGAGCUUUGUUAUAGUCAGAUUAAAUGUUUCACUGAUCUUUCUGGGAGAA